GAUCUGUGCUCUACUGGCUUUGUCUGGACUCGUUUUGGCAGGACACACACAGCAACAAAUCUAAAGUACACACGACCCACUUUUGGGGGGAAAAUAAAAACAUUACAAAAAUAUUCCUUAAAGAAAAUCUGAAAUAUUGCUAAAGUUUCACCUAACGUACUUCCGCUACUACAUAUCUACAAUUUCAUGGAUUAAAAUCGGACAAAAAUAAGAGGAAAAGAAUGAUGACGUGGUAGCAGCAGAGGUAGUCUUUUGUGUUUGGGCCGGUGGACGGCUCUGGGUCUGGUGUGAGAGAGAGGGAGUGAGGAAGAGUGUUUGGAGAUGAAGCUGGGACAGAGGAACUCAGUAUGUAUCCUGUCCAGUCGAGAGCGGGGAGCACCGGGUCUUGCAUCAUAUAGGGUUCUGCAGCAGCUUGUAGAAGAGAAGACACAGCGAAUGAAAUGGCAAAGUCAGAAAGUAGAGUUACCAGACAGUCCCCGCUCAACCUUUCUGCUAGCCUUUAGUCCGGACAGGUCUUUAAUGGCUUCCACACAUGUGAACCAUAACAUCUACAUCACUGAGGUUAAAUCAGGAAAGUGUGUUCAUUCAUUGGUGGGCCAUCGCAGGACACCCUGGUGUCUAACUUUUCACCCUAUCAUCCCUGGGCUUAUUGCUUCUGGCUGCCUGGACGGAGAGGUCAGAAUCUGGGACCUACAUGGUGGCAGUGAAAGCUGGCUUACAGAGAGUAACUCCGCAAUCGCAUCUCUUGCUUUCCACCCCACGGCUCAGCUGCUGCUCAUUGCCACCAACAAUGAGGUGCAUCUGUGGGACUGGAGUCGGAAAGAGCCCUUCACUGUGGUCAAAACUGCCAGUGAGACAGAGAGAGUCAGAUUGGUGAGAUUUGAUCCAUUGGGUCACUAUCUUCUAACUGCCAUUGUAAACCCUUCGAACCAACCGAAUGAUGAUGAUCCUGAGAUUCCAAUGGACAGUGUGGAGAUGCCUCAUCUCCGACAGCGCUCCUUCCUGCAGUCCCAGCCUGCGAGGCGCACACCCAUCUUGCACAAUUUCUUGCACAUCCUCACUUCCCGCAACUCUGUUCCUCAGGCUGGAGGUGCCCAUUCUGCUUCCACUGAUGGGUCCUCCGAUUCUUCUGGCCCUUACACUCUUAUGUGCGUUCAGCCGCUUGGAAUGGUGUGUUUUUGUAGCCGUUGCUCUGCAGCACGAGUUCCAUCUCCACCUGAUGAGGACCCUUCAGACUCGGCAUCCCUGGAGGCACAAGCUCACACCUUUUCUUCUGCACGCACAGAGCCACUGCAGAUGUCACGGUUUUCUGUUGAGUCUCGUGCUGCAAAUCGCUCCUCUGCAUUCAGCAGCGUGUAUGGUGGAGGCAGCAACAUGCGGAAUCAUUCUUCCAGCUCUGGCAGGAGGGGAGUGACUGGAAUGGCACCUGUCCCGCAUUUCCGACAACAUCCACCAGGUAGGGAAGGUGGAGGACGUCACCCUGGAGCAGACUGGACAGUCAGUGGACUUAAUGGACAAAGCAGUAGUAUGACUCCACAAAGAACUGGCGCUUCCUCUGUUAGCCUUCUUUCUGUCCUGCGACAGCAAGAGACUUCCUUUCAAUCACCUGUUUACACUUCUGCUAGUGAUAGAUGGGGCAGCACACCGGGAACUAGUUCCAGCAGGCACCGUCCUCCAGAAGAAGAGGGACAGAGCAGCUCCUCUUCCAUCCACAGUGUCCUGCGUUGUAACCUUUACCGCUAUUUUAUGGAUUAUGAGGGAACGCAGGACACGGUCCAGCCUCUUGAUGGCAGCAGACAGGACCAGCAGACUCAGGAAAUGCUCAACAACAACAUGGACCCAGAGCAACCAGGACCAUCUCAUUACCAGUCACCCUAUAGCGGUGAAAACCCUCCCCACAGUCACAUGAACCGCUGUAGAGUAUGCCACAAUCUUUUCACCUACAAUCAGGGUAGCCGGCGCUGGGACAGAACAGGUCAGCCUUCAUCUACUGAGAGAAACACACCAUGGCAACCUUCUAGUUCUGCCUUCCACAGCGUAGCUCCAGUUUCACAAUCUAAUGAACACCUACUGGAACACAGACCCAUAGAGUCCACACCAAAUACCCCAGAGCCUCAUGUACCAUUUUCCCAGAGAACUGACACUGGUCAGCAUGAGGAGCAGGCCGUUGGGCUUGUCUUUAACCAGGAAACUGGCCAACUGGAGCGUGUUUACAGACAGUCUGCCUCCUCUCGCUCUGCAAACAUAUCACAAGGAGCCUUAAACCAGGAAAUGCCUGAAGACACACCAGAUAACGAUUACUUGCGCAGGAGGCUGCUGGAGUCGUCCAUGAUGUCUCUUUCGAGAAAUGGCACCUCUGGGUCACGAGACCACCCCAUCUAUCCCGACCCAGCCAGGUUGUCCCCUGCAGCAUAUUAUGCACAGCGUAUGAUCCAGUAUCUGUCUCGACGGGACAGCGUUCGGCAGCACUCCCACCGUCCCCCUAGCAGACCUCGACCCCUGUCCUCUAAUCCCAGCAGUCUUUCCCCGAGCCCUGUCCCUAACGCAGAGAGCAGCGAAGUUGACUUUGAGGAGUUUGAGGAAAAUGGAAGCAGAUAUCGGACUCCUCGUAAUGCUCGCAUGUCUGCCCCCUCUCUUGGUCGUUUUGUUGGAACCAGGCGCUUUCUCUUGCCGGAGUUUUUGCCGUAUGCUGGAAUCUUCCAUGAGCGAGGGCAGCCAGGCCUGGCAACGCACUCAUCCGUCAAUAGGGUCCUCGCAGGUGCUGUAAUUGGAGACGGUCAAUCUGCAGUGGCCAGCAACAUCGCUAACACUACCUAUCGUCUGCAGUGGUGGGACUUCACCAAAUUUGACUUGCCUGAAAUCAGUAAUGCGUCGGUGAACGUUCUGGUGCCUAACUGUAAGAUCUACAACGAUGCGAGCUGUGAUAUCUCAGCGGAUGGGCAGUUGCUGGCCGUAUUCAUUCCCAGCAGUCAGAGGGGUUUCCCUGAUGAGGGCAUUCUGGCUGUUUACUCUCUCGCUCCGCACAACCUGGGAGAGAUGCUCUACUCCAAAAGAUUCGGUCCAAAUGCCAUCUCUGUCAGUUUGUCUCCGAUGGGUCGUUACGUGAUGGUGGGUCUGGCGUCUCGCCGCAUCCUGCUGCAUCAGAUCAGCGAUCACAUGGUGGCACAGGUCUUCAGACUGCAGCAGCCUCACGCAGGAGAGACGUCCAUGAGGAGGGUGUUUGAUGUGGUGUACCCAAUGGCACCAGACCAGAGGAGACACGUCAGUAUAAACUCUGCCCGCUGGCUGCCAGAUCCGGGGCUUGGGCUCGCUUAUGGGACCAACAAAGGAGAUCUUGUCAUCUGCAGACCUGUCGAUGUGCAUUCUGAUGGCAGCAGCACCUCUGAACACUCUGAGCGAAUGUUCACCAUCAAUAAUGGUGGAGGGGUUGGACCCAGUAGCAGCAGGAGUGGAGACAGGGCAGGGAGCAGCAGGACUGAUCGACGGUCACGCAGAGACAUAGGCCUGAUGAAUGGAGUUGGUCUGCAGCCACAACCUCCCGCCGCUAGUGUUACAUCACAGGGGACGCAGACACAGAACCAGCGACUACAGCAUGCAGAGACACAGACCGACCGCGAUCUUCCAGAUGACCCCCAGCAGCCCAGCACUUCUCAGGGGUCACAGGUCACUGAUGCCACAGAAUCUCUGGAUUUUGAGACUCUGCCAGAGGAUUCUGGAUCUGAGGUGGUACCCGAGACACCACCCCACAGCCGGCCUCAGGAAGACGAAGGGUCAGAUCCCAGCGAACCCAGCACAGACAGCACAGGUCAGGCUGAAUAUGUUUCUCGUAUCCGAAGGUUAAUGGCUGAGGGAGGCAUGACUGCGGUUGUCCAGCGUGAGCAGAGCACCACAAUGGCGUCCAUGGGCAGCUUUGGCAACAAUAUCAUCGUCAGCCAUCGCAUCCACCGAGGCUCCCAGACAGGAGCGGAUGCACAAAAUCGUACUCGUUUAAGUCCAAUACCUGGUCCUUCUUCUGGUGCUCCGGAGUCUUUAGCUGCAGCUUCGUAUUCGCGCGUCCUCACUAAUACAUUAGGCUUUCGUGGCGACACAGCUCAAGGCAUAGAUCUCACAGAACAGGAGAGACUGCACACAUCCUUCUUUACACCGGAGUUCUCUCCUCUUUUCUCAUCUGCUGUCGAUGCAACCGGUCCUUCCUCCUCAAUAGGAGCAGACAGCGUCCUGGAGGGAGAAGACUUUCACGACUUUGCGUCUCUCCCUCCAUCUUUACUCUCAUCCUCGCCGUCUCUUUCACCAGUGAAUAACAGUAACUACAGCAACAGCGAUAGUAGUUAUCUUGGAGAUGAGUACGGGCGCUGAAAAGCCUGCAGUUUUAGGAGAACUCCUAAUAAUUUGAAGUCAAUCAAGAAGAGAGAAGGCAAUAUUUACAUUCAGCGCUCCUGUUCCUCUUCGGUUUCCCCAUCGCUGUUCAUAUUCCACAUCUACUUUGACAGAGAUUAGUGAAUGAUGAAAGACUGAAAAUAAAGUAGGAGUUUCCUAGCCAAGAACAUUCCACUUUUUGCUGAACUUCCCAAUGAUCGUGUUUGACCUGUUGUCCAUCAUGAUGUGUGCAUAUAAAGGCACAUGCAGAUUGAUGUGCGUGUGUGUGUGUGUGUGUGUGUGUGUGUGUGUGUCGGCAGAGAGAGGAUCAUCACUUUGCAGUUAAAUAGGUUUCAACAGGACGUUUUGUUGUUCUAAUCCCAACAUUUGAGAUGACAUUGGAGUCUGCUGCCCUGACCAUAAAGGUAAAACUAUAUCAGCCUGUAGCUGAAGUUACAAAAUCAUGGCACACUCUGAACGUUUGGUUAUGUUGCUGUUGAUUAGUUUACAGCUGUGUGUAAGGUCACUGGUAAAAAAGGUCAAACGGUUAUAUGGUGAAUUUUAAUGAAGUUGAAAGCCCACCUUGAUUUAUUUUGUGUUUUAAUUUAUAUUUUGCUUUGUUAUUAGUCUUUGUUUAAAGGUUUUAGAUUUUCUACAGUUAAUUCUGUUCAACUGCACACCCAAAAUCAACAUGCUGCUGUCAUUUUCAUGUCCUAAAUCUCAUGUCUUUCUUUUUAUUCAUCCAUACAUUGGAAGUCAGUGGUCACUGAAGUGUCACCAUGUAGUUUUUAUAAACAUUAUAUUUAAGAAUUUCUUCUUUUAUUUAAAGAAAGUCAGAAGGGUUAGUAAUUGAGGGUCAGCUUGUGUUGACUAUUCCUAUCUGAAUAUCACCCAAAACAUAAACAUCAUUUCCUCACCCUCUACUUGUUCCAAACCUGAUUGAAUAUCUUUCUUCUGCUAAACACAACAGAUCUUGAAGGAUGUUUCAAAUGAGUAGCCAGUGAUGUUUUGUUCAUACAAUGAAUGUCAGCGGCUUCCCUUUUCCAACAUUUCAACAUACGAAGAGUUCAAACCUCUUAAGUGCCAUUUGAAAUCAUCUUCUCAGCAUUUUUUCUCAGCCUCCUAUGUCUUGAUUCAGUCCUUUCACUUUUAUGGCAAAGAAUAGAUUUUUUCCAUCUCUUCUAACAUGAAAUAACUGACCAUAAACAUAAGAGGCUGAAAAAAAUGCUCAUUGUGGAAGAAAAUUACCGAUGGCACUUAGAGGUUUUGGCAUCUAAACUUUUCAUAUUCAACAUAGAAAAAAAAACAGAUUGGUUUGAGGAUGAGCAAAUGCUGAGUGAAAUUUUCUAUUUGGCUGAACGGUUGCUUUAAGAUGUUGUGCCCAUCUGCAUCCCCAUCCUUCAGUGAGGUAGACUCAGCCGUCUUUGCUCUCACUGUUACCACGGAAACCCCUCAAUUAUCACGCUUUGCCCCAAAUACAAACCAGAAAGACUUCUCAUCGAAAAGGUCUUCCCUUCCCUGUUUACAGUAAAGUGCUUCUUGACGCAGUGUGAUAAACCCCACACACACAGAGCCUCGACGGGAAAGCGGUGAAGUCUGACAGACGUGUGUGUGUGUGAGAAACGCUAUCCUAGUUCUGUCAGCUACUGUAGAUUUUCAAAAGCCUGCUGAAAGUUAAGCAGACACCUGACAACAUUUGUGUUGCAUCCUUCUCUUUCAUUUCUCUGCUUCUGCGCUCCCAGAAAACAGUUUUGAGGUGUGUUGUGUUCAGAGAGCCUGUCCGUUGAACCUUGACGAUUGUUGCUAUGCUUUUUGAAUUUCAGAUUUCAAAGCAUAUUUUUGGGCUUAUCCACAUAAAAUAACCACAUAAUGUCUGAGCUGCUUAAGUGUUUCUUUUGUUGAUUCGUGACCUAAGGUAUGGGGUUUUUCAGUGUUGAAUGCUGGCCAGUGCUUUGGUACACAUACAGUAGUACUGCACUGGGAUGGCGGAUGUCGGAAUGAAUGUUUAUGCGAGGUUUUUCUUAUUCACAGGCUAAUGCAUUAUGUUCUGCAUUAAUAUGGAGACACUCUCUCUGCUUCUUUUGGCAAAGCAAUUUAUCUUAAAAAUGAAUGUCUGGCAGUGUCUCCUGAACCUGCUGCUUUGGUAAACAGUGUAACCUCGCAGCUCACUGGCCCAAAAAAAAAAUCGACAUCCUAGUGCUCGUUCUGUAAGAACAAACUCUCUUAAUUUCUCUUUUCCUGCGAGACUGAGACAAAUUACAGCAGUGGCUCUUAUGAUGGAUUAUGUACUUAACAUGUUACUUUUUUUGUCUUUUUGUUGGUUUUUCUGUUCAUUUUAGAAAUCCAUGUUAUUAAAUCUUUUUCUUUUAAAAAUAUAUGUAAAAGCUGCAUACUUGGAGUAACAAUCCUGUAUGUGAUUUAAGUGGAAUAAAAUGACACAAAAACA